AUGGUUAAUUUCGCCAAGAUCGCUGCUCUUGCAGCAGCAGUCGUCGCUCCCGUCACCGCUCAUCCAGGCGAGAAGCAUGAUGCCGCCAAGUAAGAAUAUUUCCACGGGUAUUGUCUUGUUCAGUCUGCUAACGAUGGUUCAUUCAUAGGGUCAAGCGUGACAUUGUUGCCAGAGAACAUUGGGCCCACGUCGGCAAGCGAUCUCUCGAUGCUUGUUCCAGCACCGAAUCCGCAAAGCGUUUCGCUCGCAGGAACAUCGAGCGACGUGCUCGCAUUGCUCGUGAGCUCCGUGAGAAGCGUGGCAUCACCUCGACAUCCAAGAAAGUCAAGCGCGCCACCGAGCUUGAGCGCCGCAACGCAACCGACCUGGCCAAGUGGGAGGCCAUCGACCACAACCGUACCGGCGUCUACAGCUACGAUGCCGACACUUCAGCGGAAGAGGUUUUUGGCGCCAUCACAAGCCCAAUCUUUGCACCGACGGUCACCGAUGGGCCAUACUACAUCUGGGGUGAGAUGAUCCGCGAGGAUGUUGUCGAGGAGCAGUUCUCCGACGGUGUCCCGCUCCACCUGGAAGUCCAGUACUACGACAUUGAGACUUGCGAGCCAGUCCCGAACGUGUACGUCGACAUUUGGAAUGCCAACGCCACUGGUGUCUACUCCGGAAUCUCUGUCUCUGGCAACUAUGCCGCCGGCGGCUACAACUCAACCUACCUCCGUGGUAUCCAGCCUACUGAUGAGGAGGGUGUUGCUACUUUUGACACCAUCUUCCCUGGCCACUACGACGGGCGUGCCACCCACACCCACCUACUCGCCCACCAAAACGUCACUGUCCUUUCCAACGGCACCCUGCUGGUGGGCUCUGGCUCCGUCACUCAGAUCGGCCAGCUCUUCUGGAACGAGGUCCUCCGUAGCGCCGUUGAGGCGGUUUCCCCAUACGACACCAACACUCAAUCCAUCGUCUCCAACGCCGACGACCAGUGGAGCAUUCUCCAAGCCUCCUCCGAAUACGACCCAUUCCCAGAGUUCCUCUACCUCGGUGACUCUAUCUCUGAUGGUCUCUUUGCCUGGAAGCAGAUUGGUCUGAACACCUCCGCUGACUGGACUUCGAACUCCUACUACAGCAUUGCUGGUUACAUUACUGCUGAUGGCGGAUAUGCCAACUCCGAUGCUGAGGCGAUGGGUGGUGCUCCUAGCGGUAGCAACGCUACUACGAACGGCACUACUGCUUAG